CAUUAAGAGGUUAAACUCCUGGUAUGCAACUCGAGAUAGGAUUGGUUAACUCAGUCCUUGAUAACUGUAUAAGUAACACGUUACUCUUAAAGGAAACAAACACGUGGAAAGAAUCCAAGUUGAUACACAGAGCAAAGUCUGAUCGAACGAGACUUCUCGCCGUCGCCAUGAAAUCGCUUGUCCUCUCUUUGUUUCUCAUCCUGUUACUUUGGGAGCCGGGAUCUCACGCUUUGAAAGUUCAGGUGGGGGAAUUUACUUAUACAGUGGAAUCAGUGAAAAAAUUGAAGAAACUCAUGGAUGAAGAUGUGUCUCCUCAUGAUUUAUGUAAAACGUCCAAGCUCCCUGAGGAAUUUUUACCUGUGUGCGAGAAGGAGGAUGCCCCCGAUAUCUUUAUCAAACUGGUAGAAGCUGCAUUUAAUGUGGACGAAUGUGAGAUCUGCGCCAAUCCUGCGUGUCCUGGAUGCUAAUGAUCCGUGGAUCUUAGUGCAUUGACCCAGCCCCAAUUUAAAUGCUCCUGCGAUGUGUCCAUUGAUGAUCACAAUUGUGGAAUUAUCCUCCAGACAACUUGUCUCCACUCCUGGUAACACGUUCUGUUCUCCAUGGAACCGAUGGCAGAUACAGGGAGACACCCUACCUCAUACUAAUUAUCUAUUUAAAUCGGACUCUCGUUGCAUGUUUAAAAGGACAAAAUCAAGCCUGUCAUGUCUCUUAUCUCAACAUUGCACUAAAUUACUGCAUCCAAAGCUCGAGAGUGAAUUGUGAUGCUAACCAUUUAAACUGAUCCAGUAAGCGUUCUGUCUAAUCAAUAUGGCCCAUGGUGGGUAUCAAUCAGAGGUCUAAUUAUUUUCCUUCAGUCAUUCCACAAGAAACAUACUCUGAAUUUAUAUAAAUAAAUCUAUUUCUGACGCGAACUACAAA